AAUUGACAUCGGAAAUCUCAAAGGCCAAGUCGUUUUGGUUGGCAUUUUUGUGUAAUUAUGAAAAAAGGUUAAAUAAAUUCUCAUCAACUCAACUCAACUCAACUCAGACCGUUUUUUAAUUAUUAUAGAGGAAGAACGACGAACCAGUCAGUCAUCUUCUAUCGGAAAAAGCUUCCGUCCGGCCGAUUUCUGACGCCGGCAAUACUCUCUCUCUCCUCUGUCUCUUUUUUUGUUUCUUCUUUCGGUGGUCAAAUGAGUGAGGAAGAUCUUUAGUUGUAAAGAGAGGGGAGGAGGGGGAAGAGAAUUUGAAAGGAAAAAGGAUAAUGCUUUGCCGGAAAAACUCAAGCUUUGUGGAUAGAGGAAAUGUUCCGGUUUAUCUCAACGUUUACGAUCUAACUCCCUUUAAUGGCUAUGCUUACUGGCUCGGUCUUGGCGUUUACCAUUCUGGUGUUGAAGUUCAUGGUAUAGAGUAUGCAUUUGGAGCUCAUGAAUAUCCAAGCACUGGGAUUUUCGAAGGGGAACCAAAACAAUGUGAAGGCUUUACGUUUAGGAAAUCGAUUCUGAUUGGUAAAACGGAUCUUGGUCCUUUGGAAGUUAGAGCUACAAUGGAACAACUUGCUGACAAGUACAAGGGGAGUUCUUACAAUCUCAUCACCAAGAACUGCAACCAUUUCUGCGACGAGACUUGUAUUAAGUUGACUGGGAAUCCAAUCCCUAGUUGGGUUAAUCGCCUUGCAAGAAUCGGUAAAAUCUCUGGGUUCAUGUGCAACUGUGUGCUUCCUGCGACCAUAAACGCGACCAGGCUUGGAAACAACAGAAUCAAUCAAGACAAAUCAUGUGAAGCAGAAACUGAGAAGAAGAAACUGACGAGUGCAUCAAGCAGAGAAGAGGGGUCUACGAUUGCUACUCCUUCGUCGUCGUCUUCGUCUCCUUCAGUUCAAGUUCGCGGUCGAAGCAGGAAAAGGCGUCCUCGUCCUCUGCAACCUUCAUCGCCAUUGAUUCUCGGAUCUUCCUCCGUUUGACUAUAUAAAUAAAAGAAUAUGGCUUUUGUUGUGUUAUUAAAAGAAUCCAUUUUUGAUCUCUCAACUAGAGAGAGAGACCACUCUGUUUUAUUCUCCCUUUUAUUUCGAGUGUGCGCUUUGUAAUCUUGUUAAUAUGCAAAUCUUAUUUACAUUUUCGUUUCA